CAGGCUCCAGCUUCCCCACCAGUUCAGGUCAGCAACCGGCGCUGACGAGAAGGAGCUGAGCCUGGUAGCCUUCACCCUGCUCCCCGGUGCCCGCAUGGCAGAAGUGACCUGGAUGUGAGCUCUGCCACUGCCUGCCCGAGCCCGAGAGGCUGCAGUGGAGCCCCAGCUGCAGGGAGACGUCCCAUCUGACAGCUGACACCAGGGGGAGAGCAGAGGAGCUUGUUGAUCUGCCCUGCAAAUGGACUGAUUCCCAGUGCAGCCAAUAAGUCUGCUCCAACAGUCCUGCCGUGUACAUGAGCAUUCACUGGUUUGGAGUUGUCUUAAAGCACUCACAUAAAUGACAACGGCAAGAGCCUAUGACACGGCAACCGGCUGCGAUUCUGAACGUGUUCUUCAGAAAUCUUCUCUCCAUGUCCCCUGGAAACAAGAGUAGAGUCCAGACAACUGGAGGACAGUGAUCCUACCUUCAGCAAGACUUUAUCAGACUGCAUGUAGUUACACCACAUCCCUAAUCCUGCACUCAUCACCUUUUAGAUGUUGAGGUACUGUAAGCAGAGGCGAAACUUGAAGCACCUGGGGUGUGCUGCAGAGCCCCAACCUGCCAUGCGACAAUCAUAAUGCUAGGGUCUUCUUGUGUGGAAGAAAAGCCUUCCCGUCCCCUCAGGCACAAGGACCCAGAUGCAACUGCUCACACAGGCAUGGCUCUUUGGCUGCUCCUGGCAUCACUGGCACUAGUCUGCCCAGGUGGCUUCCUCUUUGCAAGUGAAGUGGAACCAGAUCCCCCGGUGGCUCUGAGCUGGUCUCUUCACAAAAUCAGCACAAAUAGUUCACUGCUGGACGUCCAUGUAACAUGGGAGCCUCCUCCUUCAUCAACCGUAAUGCCUUUCCUGGACUACGAAGUGCAAAUAAAAGAGGCAACCGAACAGCAGUGGAAGUCGUACGAUGUAGUAACCACCACCGAUUUACUAGUGUAUGGUCUGAAAGUAGGAAAAGAGUAUGUGGUACGAGUCCGCUGCAGACUGCGGGGCAAUGAGAGGUUUGGGAAUUUCAGCGAGGAGCUUGUGAUCCCAGUAUUUCUAUCAGGUUUUGAAUCGAAGGAUCCGGGCGGAUGGCCCAGUAUCACACUAUGCCGCUCACCACAGCAGGAAACAUUCACAUGUCAUUGGACUUAUGGAAAUUUUCAGAACUUAUCUGGCUCACUAAAACUGCAGUAUAUUAAACCUGGCAUAUAUUGGACCGACUGUCCAGACAAUGUGUCUGCUGGAAAAAAUAGCUGCUACUUCAGUAAAGAGCACACCUCUGUUUGGGUGAGAUACCUAGUCCGUCUUGUUAGUGAAAAUGUCACCUUUGACGAAUAUUCCUUUACAGUUGAUGAUAUUGUGAGACCAGAUCCACCCAUUGCUCUGAACUGGACGGUUCUCAAUGUCAGUGCCACCCGUUUACGCAUGGACAUUGAGUUAACGUGGGAUCAUCCGGCAUCAGCUGAUGUUAAAAGCGGAUGGAUAUCAUUGGAAUAUGAAAUACAACUAAAAGGGGUCAAUGAUACGCAGUGGAAGGCGUAUGAUGUUGUGACCACCACAUAUUCACCCAUCUACAGCCUGGAAAUAGGAAAGGAGUAUUUGAUCAGGAUUCGAUGCCGGCAAAAAGGGAAUGAAAACUUUGGAGAAUUCAGCGAUGUUUUAUUCAUUACGACUAUAGCAGCUAUAGAUCCAGAGUUUCCAUGGCCCCUUUUUCUUAUCAUUGGAAUAUUUGCCUUCCUGCUGGUUCUGGCUUUUAUUUUGUUCUGCAAAAAGAAAAGGCUGAAAAUGCUGAUUCUUCCUCCAGUUCCUGUCCCAAAGAUUAAAGGGAUUGACCCUGUUCUACUACAGAAAGGAAAGUUGGAUGAAGUCAGCUCAAUACUUGCCAGUCAUGACAGCUACAAACAACAGCUCUGCUGCGAUGAUCCUUGGGUUGAAUUUAUUGAGCUUGACCUUGAUGACCAGGAAGAGAAGAACGAGGGCACUGAUACUGACCGCCUAUUGUCAGAAGAAUACCCCAAGACCCAUGGUUGCCUGGGUGUUAAGGAUGAUGACUCUGGCCGGGCCAGCUGUUGUGAGCCAGAUAUUCCUGAAACAGAUCUCUGCAACAGUGAUAUGAGCGAUGAAACCUCGAAUGCUGUACAGUCUCAGAAUACAAAAGAUAACCAAGCAGAUCUCCUGUGCCUUAGUGAAAAAUCAAAUAGUGGAAAUGUGCCUACAAAUUCCCAAAUGCCAAAUACAGAAAAGAUCAGCACAAAACCAGAAGAUGGUAAGGUUUGCCCAUUACUUGGUAAGGAGACGAGCAGCACUGCCACAAGCCAACUGAGCAGCGUCAGUUCGAAGCCAAGCAUGGAUUUUUACGCCCUUGUAAGUGAUAUCACACCAGCUGGAAGACUUCUUCUUUCACCAGGGCAAAGAAUGAAGAUGGAAAACGAAGAAUGCAAUGAACCGACCAUUCAACGUCCAACUAAUCUCAACAUGGACAGUUCUUAUGUAUGUGAUAUCGCAGUGACGGCAUUCUGUGCUGUGAAUUUCCCAAUAGAGGCCGCACAAAGUGUUCAGCAAAAUCCUAAUCUGGAUAGCUACUUCACCCCAGAAAGCCUUACAGCUGCCACCAUGAGCUCUCGUGCCACAGAAAAAGCUUCAAGUUAUGAGACACCUGUGGCUGACUAUACCUCUGUUCACAUAAUAAACUCACCACAAAAUCUUGUGCUAAACACUACUGCUCCACCAGGCAAGGAAUUCCUACAACCAUGUGGCUACAUGUCCACAGAUCAAGUGAACAAUGUGAUGCCAUAAUCCAUUUUUAUUUUGGAAGUUCAGAGCAUGGGCUUGUAUGGUUCAACCAAAAAAACAUUGGCUACAAGCUUUUAAUUGUGUUUAUCUUGUAAAGCUUAAGCUAAUAUAUUCAGUGUAAAGAUGCCAAAAUGUUUAUCAAAUUAUUUCCUUUACGUAAUGAAUUGUAGCCUAGGGUAGUCUGUUCAUAGCUACUGCUCAACGGUCACCUUGGGACAACAUCCACAUUGUAUCCAUCAAUCCAACCUAUACGCUGUUUAGUGUUGAAUGUCUGCCUGGUUGUAGUCAUAAUAUCACAUGCUACUUUCACAUUGAAGGAGUGGUUCAACUUAAGAGCACACCUACUAAUCUUUAGAAGGCCCCUUGGUGGAUUGAUUUCGCCGCCUAGGACCUGGUAUAGUCAUCCAUACUGUGAAUAUACCUGGAAAAAGGCCAAAAAGUAUCCUCUGAAAGGUAUUUCUACCAAAUAUGAAGAAGGCGAGAAGUUGGUGUAUAAAACUUCAGUUGUGCAUAAAGGAACAAGCCUUAAUAGUCACUUCUAACCAAAGUUUAGAUGUUUUUAGACAGAGGGUGAAUUAAUGCUUGUGAAUUGUUUCCUCAAGCACAGGAGCCCAGAAUGUAUUCAUCUUUGGUCCUACUCAAUAAUCAUAUUGUAGUGUAGAUCUGCAACGCAGCUUCCAGCUGAAAUAUGCUUAUUGUGUUAUAUUGCAUACAAUGUGAAUGGGUUAUUAAUAAGAAUACAUGGGGGCAGACCAGGGUUAAUUUUGAAACACAGAACAUUUGGUUUGAGCUAAUACUUUAUAAUAGCAAGAUUUAACGCAUGAAUUAUAUAACGCUGCAUGCGCUAUAAACCUGGCCGUUCUGCCAACAUUGCCGCUAUUUGUUUGUAUAAUGUUACUCAGUGAAUGCAGAUCCCAAAUGUUUUUUACAUAGUAUAUUUUUUAAUCCAAAAGCCUGAACGUGAAAUCACUGCGUGGUGUGUAUAUAUACCAACUCUACAGAUUAUAUACAGUAUUUUCCUAGAAUAUAUAAAGAUUUAAUAAGCAAACACUCAAUAUGCCUCUAAUCUAGCCUAUAACGGUUUUAUGGCCCAUUUUAUUUUCUUCUGGGUAGCUUUUUUAGCCUGCUAGAUGUUGGUUAACUCUAGCUGUCAUGAAGAUCAUCUAAAAGAUGUAGUAGUUCAGGAUCAGCCAGAAACCUGAGAACUGUCCAUUAAUGGCGUUAGAUUGAGAACACUGCGGGAGUUGUACAUAGACACACAAGGGCAGAUUUACUAAUCCUACAGAUGUCUAGACCUGCACAAGAUUUAUCACAGGGGCUCAGGCUGGAUGAUGAAU